AUGACAGCCCAUAGUGAAUCUAGCCCUCUUUUACAUAGCAAACCCAAUGCCAACGAUACACCCUAUACCCCCUCCACUUUAACUUCCUCAAGUACUGUGGUUUCUGCUUCACCUGAAGCUACUAAAGAUAGAACUACAGCAGUAGCAGCAGCUCUACAACGCCAUCAAGAGACGAGGGGUCUUUUUUAUAUGACCCUUUCCGCCUUAUUUUUCAGUUUUAUGUCCCUGUUGGUCUCUCUGACCGCGAAGACCAUUCCUUCUUUUGAGAUUGUUUUCUUUCGAGGUGUUGUGCAAACAUUUCUUGGUGUUAUAGCCUGUCGAUGCCUCAAUGUUUCACCCUUUGGAAAUAAAGGCGUUCGGUUUUUGUUGUUCUGUCGUGGAUUGGCAGGAUCCUGUGGAUUGGGGUUUUUCUUUUAUGCGUUGAGUGUCAUGCCUCUGGCAGAUGCGACCGUCAUCUUCUUUUUGGGACCUGUCUUCACGGCGAUCUUGGGUAGGAUUGUUCUCAAAGAGCCUUUCGGUCCAUUGGAUAUGUUGGCUUCUGUGGUUUCGAUGAUUGGAGUCAUCUUGGUCGCGAAGCCCUCAGUCCUGUUUCAUCAGGAUCCAAAGAGCUUCAGCGACAAUAAUCAUCAUCGACUCUAUGGUGCUUUGGCUGGGAUUUGUGGAGCAAUGUGCUCCGCUGUGGCAUAUGUGAUUGUUCGCAAGAUUGGAAAACAAGGUGCCCAUUCCAUGCAACACGUCGUCUACUUUGGUGUUGUGAGCUGCUUUGUAAGCAUGAUCGGUCUAUAUGCUCUCCAAGGUGGCUACAAAGCACCACAAGGUACUCUUGUGUGGACAGGCAUUAUCACCCUCGGUGUCGUUGCAUUUAUUGGACAGGUUCUUUUGAACUCGGGCCUACAAUUGGCGCCUCUGGGACCAGGAACUUUGAUGCGCAUGAACGAUAUUGUAUUCGCAUUCAUAUUCCAGAUCACCAUUCAGCAUGAAAAUCCCGAUUUCUUCAGCGUCUUGGGUGCCUCUCUCGUCAUGCUCUGCACCGGCGGUAUGGGUCUCAACAAAUGGAGACUCGAAAAGAAAAGACAACAACAACAGCAAUUGUUACAACAGCAGCAACAAGAGCAAGAGGCAUAAGACAGUCAUACCUUCUUGAUGAUUGUUCAUAUUUAUCGAGUAUACUUCUAGCUUUGUUUAGACAAUGUAUAUACAAUAGAACUUU